GCUUCUCUCCACCUACGUAGCAUUGAACGCCUCCACUCUCUGCUAAAUAUCCUCAUGUGCCACUUAUAGCUGUGCGCACCCGGCACCUACACUCUGAUCCAGGCAUGCGUAUCCGAAAGCCUUUCGCAGGUGGCUUCGUUGGCCUAUGUUUGAUCGCGGGGCUCGCUGGACUCUCGCCCUCUGAAUAUGCCCAACUCCCAGCGUACAAACAAUCCGACAAGGUGCUGCACUUCCUCACAUUUUUCGUCCUCACGUUCCUAUUUUACUGGAUCCUCGAAACAAAUCGUCGGCGGGUGGUCCAAUUCACAUUCCUAGUGUGCACAGUUGCGCUGGGGUUCGGCUCAGAGGUAGCUCAAGAAAUCAUACCAAAUGGCCGUAAUUUCGACUACUAUGACAUUUUGGCCAACGCCCUUGGGUCCGUUUCCUCUCUGGCCAUCUGCAACUGGUACCACAAGCGAAUGCUAGAACGGAAGCGGGCCGCUCGGGGGUAUAACGCAGUCGCAGGCGACGAGGAUAUCGAACUUGGAGAGGCAGUCGUAGACCAGGAAUCUGGUGUCAUCAGGCCCACUCCAACGGUCGAAGAGGAGCUGGAUAAUUGGGACGAGAAUGCCGAAGACUGGGACGAGAGUGAAGUCAAUGAAGCAAAUGGGGGCGGCAAGGAGACGCCGCCUAGCAGUUCUGGGGAUAUUGGCGUCGUGGAUGCUAAGAAACGGCCUGAUUGAGACGACACUACAACACGAAUUGCUAUGAUAACGUGUAGGUUUAUAUUGACUUUUCAAGGAUACCAUAUCAUGUUCAUAUCUUGCACAAUCACCACAUGGAAUGUUUGACGCACUCAUUCUAGCUGGUGACGCCGAUGGCUUUGUUGUUUUUGUGAAACAUAGAGCAUUCGCCUCGUUUGACCAAGGCUUCGAAACCAUAAGUCGUCAUGCUUGCC